AUGCUGUCGGUGGUCCUGACGGCGGUCUCCGCGACUCUCACCUACAGUCUGGUGGUGCUGGUCGGUCUGCUGCUGUGGUUCCAGUGGAGACACAGGGACCUCAUCAGGGCAGCCUACAGUAUGCCCACGGUGCUGCCCACUCUGCCCAUCAUCGGGCACGCGCAUCUCACCAUCAUGGGCUUGGAUAAGAUGACUGAAGCCGCUCUCCAGUUCUCCAGGCAGGCUGUAGCCAAGGGUAUCAGCAUCGCUUGCUUCUGGUGCGGACCUCUGCCGGUGUUCGUGGUCCACGGUCUGGAGGAUAUCCAGACAGUUUUGAAAUGUUCUCACGUCCUACACAAACCUACCGAGCUGACGUGCCUGGAGAAGUUCUUCGGGUUUGGUCUUCUCACAGCACCGGUGGAAGUGUGGAAGGUCACCCGGCGCUACUUGAACCACCUGUUCCACCCCCGUAACCUGGAUCAGAUGAUGCCUACUUUCAACAGGAACAGCCAGGAGUUGGUGGGCGAGCUUUGCAGACACGAAGGGAACAGUCAGGUGGACGUGCAGAGCUAUACCAUGCACACUGCACUCAAAACUGUUUGCCAUUUGGUCUUUGGACCAGACGUCGAGUUUGACACCAAGUCAGAGAGCUUUGAAGGACUCAUGAAGGUGGUAGAGAGGAUUCCUCAUUUCUUCACCAUCCGUGCAGUGAGGCCAUGGCUCCGUAUAGACACCCUGUUCUACUUCCUUUACCAAAGGGAUCUAGAGGAGGUGGAUCGUUUAUACAAGAACUUUACUGAAGCUCCUCUCAAGGAGACGAGAGUGAAGAACGAAUUGAAGAAUAAACUAGCUGAACAAGAGAGUGCGGACGGCAAAGUUUCGUUUACAGGCCCUAAGAACUUGGUAGAGGUUUACGCUACGAUGCAGAAGAACUUUCCCCAGUUCACAGAAGAACACCUAAAGACAGAGAUGGUUACAAUGUACGGCACGGGUACGGACACGACUGGCACGGCCCUAGCAUCCUGUCUGCUGACUCUUGCACAGUAUCAGGAUAUACAGGAGCGCCUCUACCAAGAGAUUAUCUCUGUAGUGGGGACAGACAGUGACGUCACAGCCAAAGACCUACAGAGCAUGACCUAUCUGGAUCAGGUGUACAAGGAGACUCUGAGGUGGUUCACCAUAUCACACUUUGCUCUCAGGAAAACCAGCGAAGACAUCAAACUGAGUUCGUGCACCAUCCCAGCGAACAACACUGUCUGUAUUUCCCUUGGAGGUCUCCUGAUGAACCCUCAUAUUUUUCAGAAUCCUGAAAAGUUUGAUCCCGAUAGGUUCUCACCGAAGAAUGCAUUUGGGAAAGAAAGAUUUGCAUUCUUACCAUUCAGUGGAGGUCCCCGAAAUUGUAUAGGCCAGAUGUACGCAAACAUGUUGAUAAAGGUGGCGAUAAUCCACGUGAUGAGGAGGUUCAAGUUGUCCACAGACAUGAACAUUCACACGAUGAAGAGAGUUCUGUCAGUUCUGCUCGUGAGCACGGAGGGCUACAAUAUCAAGUUUGAGAGGAGACGUUGAGCACAGCAUCACUAGUAUAGGGUUCAA